UCGCAUUUGCAAGCUGAAGCACACCGAGUAUACGAGGCGUACUCUUUUGUAACCUAUACUAACAUGUGGGAAGACACGAGGUAUCCGAUAUUGUUUGCCAGUGGUGUCUUCUCGCACAUUACCUACUUCGCCCGCGGUGAACACCAUCUAUCCGGGGCGCUGUACGUUCAAAUCUUCGGCUUGGCUUUCGCGGCCCUCACGCUUGUGAGUCACGGAGGGGGGAGCAGUAUUCGUGAUGGCUUCACCCAAGCCUUCGGCGUCAUGUUCUCUUACCUUGUGGGGGUUUUCUUCAGCUUAGCGAUCUAUCGCCUGUUCCUCCAUCCGUUGCGUACGUUUCCUGGUCCCACCUGGGCCAGACUGUCGGGUCUGUGGCUCGCCUGGAGAGCCCGCCGACGCGAUGCUUUUCGACAGGUGAAGUCCAUGCAUGAUCAGUACGGCCCGAUUGUUCGAGUUGGACCGACAGAUCUGUCUAUUGCACACCCCAGCGCGGUGGAUAUCGUGCACGGCUUCGGCACACAAUGCACCAAGGGUCCGUGGUACGACGUUUACAGGCCCAUGGUGUCUUUACAUAUCUAUCGCAGCAAGGUGGAACACGACCAGCGACGACGUGUUUGGAGCGCUGCAUUUGGCGAUCGCGCAUUACGCGGGUAUGAGCUGCGCCUGCACAAGUACCGCAAGCAGCUUCUCGACCAGAUCGUGGCUCGCCACGGCCAGCCCAUGAGCGUUACCAAAUGGUUCUAUUCAUAUAGCUUCGACGUCCUGGGCGACCUGGCCUUUGGCAAGUCAUUUAACAUGCUAGAGACAGGGCGGGAGCAUUGGGCCGUCACGAUGAUCAACGAGGGUGUUCAGGCCCUAGGAUUUAACCUCCCUACCUGGCUGUUUAGGCUGUUAGUGAACGUCCCGGGAUUGGCGAGAGGCUGGCGAAGACUCUUUGAUUUUGCCGAGCAACAAAUGCAAGAGCAAAUCAAAGCGGAAGUUGAAUUUCAGACCAUCGGGUCAGCUUUGGCAGCACCUCUGAAAGGCCGUGAACCUCGACAGGCAGAUCUAGAUCUUCUUAGAGGAGAUGGGCAGCUGAUCGUGGUCGCCGGAAGUGAAACUACGGCGGUGGUCCUCUCGCUUGUCAUCUACGAACUAGCUCGACGCCCCGGGCAACUCGAGAAACUGCGACAGGAAAUCGCACCGUACGUAUCUGAUCCUGGAGAGGAGAUAUUAAACAGCGACAUUCAACAUCUUGAGCAUUUAAACGCAGUCAUCAUGGAAGUUCUGCGUCUGUACCCGCCCGUUCCGACGCAGAUGCAGCGCAAGACCCCACCGGAUGGCAUCGCAGUUGAAGGUGUUCAUAUCCCCGGAAACACCUUGAUAUGGACCCCCUUAUAUACCAUCGGCCGCAGUGAGUCUUGA